UUGUUGUUUAACGUUUGGGCAUUUUAAUGGUCAUUCAUUCAUUGUGAUAUCCUACGCGAUGGUAGCGUUAGCAUUAGAGUUGUUGUAAUUUAUAUAGCUGUGUGUGUGUGAUAUCCUACGCGACAGCAAAGACUGUUUACUGCUAUAUCUUUGGCAAUGGUAGCGUUAGCAUUUUAGCCUAAGCGGAAGCAGGAAGUAACGGUCGCUAUGGGACCUCAACUCGGAAAAAGUCUCCAUGUAAGUGAACGGGAGUCAAAGUUUUAUUUCGUGAUCCAAUUGAAUUGUGCCAUGAGAAAAAAAUAUGACUUGAUGUUAUGCUUUCCUUUCAGGAGUGACAGAGAUGACAUUCUCUUCACUUGAAGCAGAGACGUUCUGAUUGAAGUCAUCAUUGUUCCUGUUGAAUUCUUCAUCUUGUGUUGGCUUUCUACUGCUUCUACUGUUGGACUGGUUUUGACGUCACUGAUGUGGACUGUGACUCUGAGUAUGAGGCGUCCUCGGAUCAGACCAUCCAGGUUUCUGUCCUCCACUGAAGCUGAGAACGAGUCGACCAGGAUGCAGAGCGCAGACUGUCCUGGACUUGGACCUGGACCUGGACCUGGACCUGGACCUGGACCUGGAUCCAGCUGUGUGUCCAUGAAGAGUGAGCACUCUAUGGGCAGUCCUGAUAACUUUAAACAUGGACAACCUGCUGAUGGGGGGCAGCAGGGAGCAGAUUGUCCUGGACCUGGACCCAGCUCUGAGUCCAUGAAUAGGACCCAGUCCAGGAAUCCUGGUUUCAGGAGACAUUCCCGUCAGACGGAGAUGCAGAGCGCAGACUGUCCUGGACCUGGACCUGGAUCCAGCUGUGUGUCCAUGAAGAGUGAACGCUCUAUGGGCAGUCCUGCUAACUUUAAACAUGGACAACCUGCUGAUGGAGGGCAUCAGAGCGCAGACUGUGUGUCCAUGAAGAGUGAGCACUCCAUUUGCAGCCCUGAUAACAUGGACAACCUGCUGAUGGAGGACACAGCUUUUACUAUCGCCUACAUCGUGUACAGAUUUAAUGUGCAGCUACCACUCAGAUUCUUUGAGGAGAAAAUUGUCACUUUUGUGAAGGAAGAGCUGAAGAAGAUCCAGAAGGCUCUCAGUCCAGAAUAUCCUGGAUGCUCAGAGAGUCAGAGGGAGGAUGAGGAGGUGUUGGACGGUGAGGAUGAGGAGCAGAGGAAGAGCAGCAGAGAGGCGUUUCUGAACAUCACACUGAACUUCCUGAGGAGAAUGAAGCAUGCCGAGCUGGCUGAGCACCUGCAGAGCAGAACUGCACUGUGCCAGCAUAAACUGAAGUUCAACCUUAAGAAGAAGUUCCAGUGUGUGUUUGAAGGAAUCACUCAAGCAGGAAACCAAACCCUUCUGAAUCAGAUCUACACAGAGCUCUACAUCACAGAGGGAGGGACUGCAGAGGUCAAUAAUGAACAUGAGGUCAGACAGAUUGAAACAGCAUCCAGGAAACCAGACAGACCAGAAACAAGAAUCAGUCAAGAAGACAUAUUUAAAGGCUCACAUGGAAAGGAUGAACCGGUCAGAACAGUGCUGACAAAGGGAGUGGCUGGAAUUGGGAAAACAGUCUUAACACAGAAGUUCACUCUGGACUGGGCUGAAGACAAAACAAACCAGGACAUCCACUUCACAUUUCCAUUCACUUUCAGACAGUUGAAUGUGCUGAAAGAGAAAAAGUUCCGCUUGCUGGAACUUGUUGAUCACUUCUUUCCUGAAACCAAAGAAGCAGGAAUCUGCAGGUUUAAAGAGUUUCAUGUUGUGUUCAUCUUUGAUGGUCUCGAUGAAUGUCGACUUCCUCUGGACUUCCUCAGCUCUGAGAUCCUGACUGAUGUCACAGAGUCCACCUCAGUAGAUGUGCUGCUGACAAACCUCAUCAGGGGAAAACUGCUUCCCUCUGCUCGCCUCUGGAUAACCACAAGACCUGCAGCAGCCAAUCAGAUCCCUGCUGACUGUGUUGACAUGGUGACAGAGGUCAGAGGGUUCACUGACCCACAGAAGGAGGAGUACUUCAGGAAGAGAUUCAGAGAUGAAGAGCAGGCCAGCAGAAUCAUCUCCCACAUCAAGACAUCACGAAGCCUCCACAUCAUGUGCCACAUCCCAGUCUUCUGCUGGAUCUCUGCUACAGUUCUGGAUCUGUUUCAAAUCAGAGAGGGAGGAGAGCUGCCCAAGACCCUGACUGAGAUGUACAUCCACUUCCUCGUGGUUCAGACCAAAGUGAAGAACAUCAAGUAUUAUGGAGGAGCUGAGACAGAUCCACAGUGGAGUCCAGAGAGCAGGCAGAUGAUUGAGUCUCUGGGAAAACUGGCUUUUGAUCAGCUGCAGAAAGGAAACCUGAUCUUCUAUGACUCAGACCUGACAGAGUGUGACUUCGAUAUCAGAGCAGCCUCAGUGUAUUCAGGAGUGUUCACACAGGUCUUUAGAGAAGAGAGAGGACUGUACCAGGACAGGGUGUUCUGCUUCGUCCAUCUGAGUGUUCAGGAGUUUCUGGCUGCUCUUCAUGUCCAUCUGACCUUCAUCAAUUCUGGAGACAAUCUGAUGGCAGAUCAACAAAGAACCUCCCGGUUGUCGGAAGUGUUAGGGGGCAAGUCAACACGUUUCUACCAGAGUUCUGUGGACAAGGCCUUACAGAGUCCAAAUGGACACCUGGACUUGUUCCUCCGCUUCCUCCUGGGUCUUUCUCUGCAGACCAAUCAGAUUCUCCUCAGAGGCCUGCUGACACAGACAGGAAGUAACUCACAGACCAAAAAGAAAACAGUCCAGUACAUCCAGAACAAGAUCACUCUGGGCUUCAUCUUACUGUCAUCAGAAACACAUCUGGACGUGUUUGACCUGAAGAAAUACUCUGCUUCAGAGGAGGCUCUUCUGAGGCUGCUGCCAGUGGUCAAAGCCUCCAACAAAGCUCUACUGAAUGACUGUAACCUGUCAAAGAGAAGCAUUGAAGCUCUGUCCUCAGUCCUCAGCUCCCAGUCCUCCAGUCUGAGAGACCUGGACCUGAGUAACAACGACCUGCAGGAUUCAGGAGUGAAGAUGCUUUCAAUUGGACUGGGGAGUCAACACUGUACUCUGGAAACUCUCAGUCUGUCAGGCUGUAUGAUCAAAGAGGAUGGCUGUGCUUCUCUGGCCUCAGCUCUGAACUCCAACCCUUCCCAUCUGAAAGAACUGGACCUGAACUACAAUCAUCCAGGAAACUCAGGAGAGAAACGAUUACUUUGGCUACAUUUGCUGGGGAACAUGUCCGGCACUAAAGGGAACACUAAUACACGAGAGGCAUCGCGUAGAGCACGUCCCGAAGCAAAGAAGCCGCACUCGGCUAAUGAAGAGGCUAGCAUGGAUGAUGGCGACAGCAUGUCGUUCGAGGAAAAUGUGGCUAACACAGUUUCCAAAACUGUUAUUGAAAAGAUUGGCGCUCUUAUGGAGCAAAAGUUUACCGAGCUACAUUCUACUCUGGACAAACUAAGCAGCCGCGUCAAAGACAACACAAAACGGAUAACUGAGACUGAGAGCCGCAUCUCUGAUGGUGAGGACCGCACGACCACUUUAGAAAACAAGCUAGCUGAACUUGGACAAAGAGUGAAGAUGUUAACCGACCGAGCCGAGGACAGCGAGAAUAGGAGCCGCAGAGAUAAUAUACGGAUCCUCGGGCUCAAGGAAGGUGCAGAGGGGAAUCAGGCUGUUAAGUUUUUUGGGACCUGGCUUCCAGACAUAUUGGGGCUGGAUACCAAACGAGGCUCAGUUAAAAUUGAUCGGGCGCACAGAGCCUUAGGUCCGCCGAAGAAAAAUUAUAACCGACCUGUUAUUAUCAAGUUGCACAAUUUCAAUGACAAGCAACGGAUCCUGGCUGCUGUCCGAGAGAAAGGCGAAGUCACCUGCCAGGGUGACAAGAUUUACAUCCGUCAGGACCUAUCAGCCCAGGUGAGGGAAGCCCGGCGUCAGUUCAACGGAGUAUGUGAACGCCUCUUCCAGAAAGGAAUACGGUUCCAGAUGCGCUACCCGGCCAGUUUAUACUUCUUCUUCAACGGGGAGGAACGCUCCUUCAAAAGCCCACGGGAAGCGGAGGAUUUUCUGAGCAAGAACGAUGCAUGUGAACUAGAAGUAGACUUAAACACCAUCAGCAGAAAACUCAAACUUUCCGACAGCAGUAGGAAAGUAACAUGGGUGAGAGAUGAGCUGCCGUACCCUGAUCAUCCUGACAGAUUUAACUGGCCCCAGCUGCUGUGUAGAGAGGGUCUUACUGGGCGCUGUUACUGGGAGGUAGAGAAGAAGGGAUGGGUGGAUGUAGCAGUGACCUACAGAAGAGUCUGCAGGAGGAGAGCCUACAGAGACUCUGCAUUUGGAGUGAAUAAUCAGUCCUGGAGUCUGUUCUGCAGUGAUACUAGGUACUGUAUCAGUCACAAUGACAAAACAAUAUACUCCUCGUCCUCGUCCUCCCCUAUCUCGAACAGAGUAGCAGUGUACGUGGACUGGCCUGCUGGUCUUCUGUCCUUCUACAGUGUCUUCGCUGACAAACUGGUCCACCUCCACACCUUCAACACCACGUUCACUGAACCCGUGUAUCCUGGCUUUGGGUGUUCUUUGUCUGGUUCUGGUUUGAGGACACACAGAGGCUCAGUGUCUCUGUGUUCUCUGCAGGACUGAGUGUCCCCCCUGUGGACGGAAACCCUGACUGACUUCAGAUCACAUGUUGGUCUGGAUGGACCAGCAGACCAGGAGGUUCGGGGUUCACCUGUUCUCUGUCUGUAGUUUGUAGAAACUUACGGUGGUAACAUUUGUUCACUCUGAACUGUGAAACAGACCUCUCUCUCAUCUGAUUUCAUCAUCAACAUUUUAACACUAAAAUCACAUUGAUAUUUAGAAUCUCGGAGGAAUUGCCUGAAAAGUUCAUUGUUUUUAAUACGUUUCUGUCACACAGGUAGACACAAGAACGACUCAGACAGAUCAGUUCAGAGAAGCUUCACUAAGUUUAGGUCGGUGGUCAGAGAGGCAAAAAGGUGAAUAGGCAAAACUCAGAAUACAAAACAGACUUGAUUAUAUCUGGAUUAUUAUAAUGCUGUGCAGAGUAAAUGUAACUUUCUACUUUGCUACUGAUUUUAUAAUCUUUUUACCACAGAUUUUAAGUGCACAGUUUGUGCUCUCAGCUGUCAUGUUUAGGCUAGGUAACUCAUAGACACGCACCUGCAAGAACAACAUACACACACUCACAUUUUGUGUAUUACAAGCAUCGUGAACAGCAGUUAUUAGUAACUGGCCAAUAGAACUCGGUGUCAGUGCGUCUAUCUGUUGUAUGGGGGCAGGCUGAGCCCAAGAAGAAUUAAAUAUAAACUCACUCUGACCGAUUUCAUGCCAGAAUGGU